AUGAGUGCAAGAGAACAAAUCGUCUAUCAUAGAGAGACAGAAAUAUUUAAAGAACAAAUUAUUAUUGCUAACAGUCAUCACAUCGUUUUUCAUAGAGACAGAAUUAUAAAGAGAUUAAAAAUGUUUGUUUACAAAAAACGAAUAGUUCAUCAUAGAGACAGAAAUACAGAGAGAACAAAUCAACAGAAUGUUGGGACGGGGGCAUAUUCCCUAUAUGCUGUCUCGUCUACUUCUUCAGGUUCAUAUAAGCCUGGAGUAGUUGCUUCAACCUCAGAGUCAACCAAGACAUCAACAAGUAUAAACAACAUGAAUCCUAUCAUUGGAUUUGCCUUUCUUAUCCUGGUAGGUUGGAAAUUGUAUCAAAAAUGGAGAUUACCAAAGAACUUCCCUCCUGGACCAAGAAGUCUCCCUGUCCUAGGAGCCAUUCAUCAUCUCUCCGACAACCUUCUUGAAAGUUUUCUACACCUUAGAUCUAAAUACGGAAACAUCUUUGGGUUGAGAAUUGGACCAACUCCUACAGUUGUUAUAUCAGAUUUUCACACUUGUGUCAAGGUUUUCAAGGAUGCAAACUUCUCUGCUAGACCCACAUAUCUUACUGAAGUAAUGGGCAGUGUUAUGUCCAGACCUGAAGAUGACCCAAGUCCAAACCGUGGAAUAGUUUUCAGCUCUGGAAAGGUCUGGGAUGAGCAAAGAAAGUUUAUUCUCAAGAAGCUGAGUGAGUUCGGAGUUGGUAAAUCCAGGUUGGAGGAGACUGUUACAGAACAGGUUGAGAUGCUGGUUAAACUCCUAAGAAAGGAUUCUACCAAGGGAAAUGUUAAGCUUGGAGAAAGGUUCAGUGUCUCCCUGGUAAACUCAAUCUGGAAUAUUGUGACAGGAUCACAGUUUGAUCUUGAGGAUCCACUUAUUCACAGUAUCUACAAGGGAAUUGACAGGUUCAUUGAUUCCCAUCGACUUAUUGGAGUCUUCAUGGUGUUCCCUUGGCUCAGACAUAUUGUUUCCUAUCUUGGAGGAGCUUUGAACAAGAUGAAGGAGGAUGUUAGAAACAUGAUGAAGAAUAUUGUAGAUGAUCAUAUUGAUCUAUCUACUGGAUAUGACAAAGAUCUGGUAGAUUCUUACAUUACAAAGAUGUCCGAGACAACAGAUACAACUUCAUCAUUCUUUGGUAGAAAGGGUAGAACCAACCUGGAGCAGAAUAUGCUGGAACUAUUUGGUGCUGGAGCCAACCCUGUAGCAACCACCUUAUCCUUCUGCUUUCUUUACCUUGCCAAAAAUCCUAAACUUCAGGAGAAAAUAUUUCAAGAAAUUGAUGAAAAUGUUGGAACUGGAUAUGCAAUUUCAAUGGAGGAUGUGCACAAGCUACCCUACACAAAUGCUUUUAUCCAUGAGAUCAUGAGAAUAACUGCAAUCAACUUCAUUGGAACCCCGCAUAUGAACUUCAAGGAUGCUAAGAUUGGAGAAUAUAAUGUUCCAGCUGGAACUACAGUGUUCUCAUUUCUCUGGUAUAUUAUGAAUGAUCCAACAUACUGGAAGAGUCCUAGAGAGUUUAUUCCUGAGAGGUUUAUUGAAAAUGGAGAGUUUGUCAAAGAUGAACGCCUUAUCCCUUUCCUUGUUGGACGAAGACAAUGCAUUGGAAUGGCAUUGGCUCAAACAGAAAUGUUCCUAUUUUUCUCCAACCUAGUUCGAGAAUUCAGAUUUUCAGAAAGCUCAUCAGUUCCUCUCCCUGCCCCCACUCCAACUAUGGGAUUUGUAAUGGGAUGUCCGGAAUACGAAAUCAAGAUAGAGGAUAGAUAAACUGCUAAACUCCAACAGGAGAAUCUCAGAAGAGAAAUACCAAAGAAAAAUAUAAGUGAUAAUGCAUUCUUAAUAUUGUAUAAAUCUAGUUCUUAAUUUACUUGUUUAAAA